CAAACAUGUCUGGUCAAGAAAUUCCAGACCUUAGAACGCUGCUCGGAUCUCGCCGUGGAGGCCCCUCAAGAGGUCGUGCACGUGGAAGAGGCGGGUUUGGAUCUUCUCAUGAAGGAAGAGAAGCGCUCAAAGAUGAAGCAGUCAGGAAUACUGAUCAAGAUGCGGCGGGCUCAAGGGUGAGCUGUGUUGAACUUGGAUAUCUUCAUGAUCCAUAUGCAAAGCUCUUCGCCACACAGCCUGCAACUCGUAGACUUCCACUCUUAAAUCGAGGAUCCUACGUCCGCACAUCUGCAAUCGAUGAUCUUGUUGAUAGAUUCAUGAAUGCGUCCACUGGGCCAAAACAGAUUAUAUCUCUAGGUGCAGGUACAGAUACUCGAUACUUUCGUCUCAGGGACAGAUAUCCGGAUCUACAGCUAGUCUACCACGAGAUAGACUUUGCUACCAACACUGCAGCUAAACUCACAUCGAUUCAACGCCACCCACAGUUGCAUUCGAAGUUGACUUCGAGAUCCGCACCAAACCCCUUAGCAUUACCACCCGCUGCAACGACAUAUCAUUCCUCAACAUACAAUGUCCAUGCCCUGGAUCUUCGGACGCUGGCUGCGUCCUCUGAAGAAAACACUCUCCCCACUUUGCCCAAUAUCGAUCCUACCUUGCCAACACUUCUCCUUUCUGAGAUGUGUUUGGUAUACCUACCAGCGCCUACCGUAUCUUCAAUACUUUCAUCCUUCCUUCAGAAGUACAUACCUGAACCCACACCAGUAUCGCUCAUUCUCUACGAACCAAUCCUGCCAAAUGACGCCUUUGGCAGAACGAUGAUUUCCAAUCUGUCAACGAGGAACAUUCAUUUGCCCACUCUUCUGGCUUACCCUGAGUUAAGCGACCAGAGGGCUCGGCUCCAACAAUAUGGAUUCCACCAAGGUGCACACGUUGCAGACACUGCGUCGAUAUGGCGUGCGUGGGUGACCGACGAAGAGAAGGAAAGGGUAGCGGCAUUAGAGAUGUUAGACGAGCUUGAGGAGCUCGAUCUUCUGCUCAGGCACUACUGUGUAGCUUGGGGAUGGAGGGACAGUGGUAGCGAGGGUGUCUUCACUAAAGCAUGGGCUGACAUCAAAGAGCAAUAACGCCUUUGAGUAUUUGGUUUUCUUGGGAAAGAAUCCGAGUCUGAGGGCUCCGAAAUGGGAAGCCAGGCAUGAAUUAUAAACAUAUGUUAAACCCUCAUGAGGAAGAAACGCCUAGUCAUAGUCUAGAUACGAUCCGUAUGGGAAUCGGUAUCUAUAGUUCAAAACCUGCGCCAUGAUAAAUAAGGCCACUCUUUUUACCGGGCGGCUCUUGUUGUUCGUUCCCAGAAUUCCAAAGUCAUUGCCGCAAGGAAACAUGGAAUCUCUUUCCUCUCCUCCACCCAGAAUGUGAUGAGAUCGCGGAUCUCAUUCGCAAAGGCGCUCUGCUCUCCCCCGCUUACUUUCAUUGUACCGUUCUCUCCAUCAAAGACGAUGCUAUUCUCUCCUGUCUCUUCAUCGCCAGGAUAGAACAUACUCGUAACACGUACU